AUGACGACCAUGACUGACAAUCCUGAGCCCAAGGGCAAAGGCAUUAGCUCUCGCUUUUCGAACAUUUUGCGUCGUUCUACUUGCUCUACUUCUGAUUCAACUGGUAUACACGAACACGACAUCGCUUCUGAAUACCCGACUGUUAGAAAAGUUAUCAAAAAACCCAAAAACAACGACUCAAACAACUCUAUAUCUAUUUACGCCUCAGACGACUCCGAUAAAAAACCCAGAAAAAUAGCCAACAUCCCUAAUCGUAAGCCUUUAUACAAAAACCUAUUCUCUGCCAUCCCUAGUGGAGGCACGCAAGAGGCAGUCGCCAGCACGCUAGCCGAAACUCUACGGGGCCCCGAAAAUCUCGGGAGCGCUCCGGGACUCGCUUUUGUCGGCGAGCAUUCCGGAGCGUUUGUUCCUCUUGUCGCAAGCCCGCCGAGAAGCCCUGUCGUCGCAAACGCCGGCAUCACACUGGUUAUCAGUUCCUCACAAGAAUCUGAACAGGUUAGAGAUGCCGGCGCGGCGCUGGCGCAACUCACGGAAUAUACGUUGGACAAUGAUAAAUUCCCGAGCCUGCCUAGGAGCACACAAGAUGAAACGGAGGCCAUUUCUAGGCCUGGAUCCACUACCCCCACCCGAAACCGCACGAGACCCACCGAGAGACAAGUCACUGCCAUGGCAGACUGGGUUUUCAGCAGCCAAGAGCUGUACUGGUUCAAACGCCUCAAGGCUGGAGGCUACCCCGACAACGAAGCCCUCGAGCGAUGUAUCAAGUACUAUACUAUUACUAACAAAGCCUUCGCCAACAUCAUCGAAAACAGACAACUAUACGACGAUACCGAGGAAGAGACGAGCAGUACCAACGCAUUCAUCCAAAAAAUCGAAAAACUUGGCAAUCAAAUCACCACAAUCGCCGAAAACGCGUUAUACAACUGCACGCAAGCAGCACCCAGCCGCCCAGAAUCACCGAUGAAACAAGACGAAGAGGAAGAGGAAGACACAUACAUGAACAAACCCGAGCACGGCCCGUACCAACCCAACCCCUUAACCACCGAAAUUACCUGGGGGGCCAACGCAAAACCAGGCGAGAGGAUAAGCAACCCAAACCCACCACCAGCACUGGCACUCGCGCCCACCACCGACCCUACUCAAACCAUGCUCCAGGCGAUCUUAUCCAAGAUGGGGGAGCUGGACAAUAUCAGGUCUUGCCUAGACAAGCUCGAAGGCAAAUCGCCGCAGGUACACACUGCACAAACGAGUACGCCUAGACCCAGACCCACACCAAACUCCAAUCCCGCCGCAACCGCAAACCCCUCACAAACGCGCCCCAGCUUUGCCAAUGUCACGGCCAGGGCGCCAGCCAAAGCCCCGGAGGUCGGGGCCUCUAACAUUGCCGCUGCUAUCAAGAGGGGCAUCGCCAAACCGGCGCCCGCACAGAGCAACAACAAAUUUUUUGUUGUUUGCUUCAAGACACAAUCUGUUACCCAACCAAACCCCCAAAGCAUAUUCGUGGCCAUGCGCGAAUGCCUUGAUGCCGCAAAUCGCAACCUCGGCAAGGGCCACCAUUCAGUGAUGUUGGAUUGUAACUUUGCUGUGACUGCCGGGCUUGCUGCCUCGCAAGAGGGGCCCAUCCCAUAUAUCCCCACACCCGGCACCCCCUUCCCCUAUCAAAUCGAUCCCCUUGCCGCGCGCACGUUUAGUCUCGCAUUUCAGUGCGUAGUCAAUAUUGGAGUACGCGGCUCAGAACAUAUCCGACGCGGCGUUGUCCAGGCUGGUGGCCUCGGAGUCGUUAGUUGCAUCCUCGCCGUCUGGCUCAAGGGCAAAGGAUUCGCAAUUGGCCCAUCGGCCACUGGUUCCGGUGCUCCUCGAGAGUCCCGUGAAGUCCACGUGCGCAGGCGAGAAGAAGCCCUCGAACGCCAGCGCGCCCUCGAUCUUCCCCGCGCCCUCAAGCACGCAACCUCAUCUGACAACCUGCGGGCGCGUGCGAUUGCACAACCACAACCUCGCAUCGCCACCACCACUGAUCCCCCUCCGGCCCUCCCCCCUGUACGAACCAAUACAUACCCCAAGCCCAGUUCGGAAGAAGCCGACGAGGAUAUGAGCGGUGCAAGUAAUAUGGGCCCCUCACCAACUCCUCCACCUCCCGCUAUCGGACGAAGCAUGUCCAAUGACUCGGAUGGAGGUUAUGUGGGAGUCCCAUCGCUCCCCGCACCAAGCGGUCCUUCGGGUGCGUUUGCAGCCCCUCGCGGCCCCCAUGCGCACUCAUUCGAUAUCCGCACUGCAUCUCCCAUCCCCAUUGCCUCCACCUCUCCCGUUAUGGGCCGUGCCAUCUCACCCAACACGGCCCAAUCAUCCGACGCCUCGGCCAAUGUCACCCCUGUUGGCUCGGGCACGCCUACUGGGAGUGUAGUCGUACCUGGGCGCGAUCGCAGCGGGACCGUCGUCGGGAGGCCCAUCUGGGAUAAUGAAGGCGGGCCGAGGCAGGUCGCUCAACCGUUCGCAAGGCCAACUUGGUCCGAUGCGGACGAAACAUCCACGCGAGAAGUUACAACCACGGGCAGACGAGGGACGAUAACGCGCAGGCCUCGUCGAGAACGAGAUACGGAUGGGGAUGACACCGAAGCUGAUGGGGACGACCAAACGGCUCAGCAAGGCGAGCGCCGUACGAUUGGCAUUGUCGACGCUGCAGAUGGAGACGGUGCAAUGGCGAUGGAUAUGAUGGGCGAGGGUAUCGGCGUUGGUGUCGUCGCACUUGAACAAAAUGACGACUUGGCGAUGGGUGCUCCGCCCGGGGCUCUAGGUGCCAUCGGAACUCCAAGGGCUCGGGUCGCUCCUGGUACGGAGCCUACGCCCCGAGCGGGCAUUGCCACCCUUGGUGCUCAGAUAGAUCAAACCGCGCAAGAAACUCCCUUUUACGAAACUCCCGCGACCCUCCGUGCGCUCGUCGACGCGAGUAACGAGCCCAAACCUUCGGCCCAACCGCUCUCCAGUGCUGCCCAGUCGCCCAAUGUUUUCUCCCUGGUCGAGCGAUUCACUUUCCGUCCCUCCCCCUCCGAAACCACUCUCCCCCGGCUCCCCCACGAAAUACAAUACUGGGCCGGCGCCAAGUACUGCGGCAAAGAGUGCCAGAGCAAGGCCUGGGCGGAAGGACAUCGAUUCUGGUGUAGCGCCUGUGAAGAAGAGGACUCCCAGACCGUGGUUGCUUGCACGGGUUCUUUCGCCAACACCGUUCCCCCCGCCGCCGUCGCAACCGAAGUCAAGGUCCCAACCCGACGCGGCCUUACCAACACGGUCACACGUGCAUUGGUCAAUAUCACAGGCGGGAUGACAGGAAGAACGAACACUACGGUGCAACAACCGCAAGCACAGCCAGUGCCUACAAACUCGCCGACAGCGUCAGCAUUCCUGGAAAAUCUAAUGAGAUCUCGAUAUCUAAUCAUUGAUAAGAAGCGCCGGCGGUUCUUAACGAUCACGUAA